CCGACCGAUGUCGCACCGUCGUGAGAGAGGAGAGGGCGGACGUGGAUGCCUCUGUGGAUAGAAGGACUCCCACACAACUGAAUUUUUGCCACACGCCCUUGUCGCCGCCUCGUUUCGACCUGAGAAUCUGAGAGUCGGCCUGAGGAUGGCUCUGUGAGGGUGUUGUGGCCAUGCCGGCUGACCUGUCGAGUGCUGUGGAGGCAGUGGAGGGCUGCGAGCCGUCCUCGCGGCCUCGAGGCUGUUCCUUUUCGUCUGCUGUUAAUGGGACACAGGCCACAGUCCGGUACGAGUAUGUCUUCGUAUACGGGACGGUGAGCCAUCGCACACACGACACGACACACACGACGGAAGACACCUCACUCAUUUGUCUCUCUGCGUGUGUGUGUGUGUGUGUUUGUGUGGUCCCUCCCUCAGUUGAAGCGAGGGUUUCGUAACCACUACAACAUGGAGCGAGAUGGGAUAGAGUACGUGGCUGAGUGUGCGACGGCCCACCAGCUGCCGCUCUACCUCGACCACACCAACAGAUACAGACCUUGCCUGGCCAACGUCAAGGGAAUGGGACACCAGGCAAGUCACACACGCACACUCUCUCACUUGGCACACACUCUGCAUCCAUCUCUCCCUCCCUGUGUGUGUCGACAUCAGGUGUGUGGUGAGCUCUAUCGAGUGCAUCGUCGGCUGAUCCCCGAGCUGGAUGACUUCGAGCGGGUGCCGACGCAUUACCACCGUGAGUGUCUGCCGGUGACCACCGAGGAGGGCGAGCACUUGCACGCGCACGUCUACUUCAACAACACCGACAGAGCCAGGGAGGAGGAGCUCAGACGGGGGCACUUUGAGCUCAUUCCCGACUACACAUACUACCACCACAAGAAAUACAUACCACGAGCAGGUACGUGGGUCCGCACCCUUUGUCGAUCAACCAACUCACACAGAGAGACAGAGAGAGACAUCCACCGUCCCUUGCUCUUUCAGGCAACACGCGUGCGCUUGAGCUUGGCCCGCCCGAUGCUGAGCACUUGGUGGCCUCUGCGCCCGACAGCCCCGCCCCCUCCCGCUCCCCCUCCCCGGCACCACGCAUCAUCAGGCCGCUCGACGAGGACGUCAGGCACCGCUCCUUCGCACUCCGGAAGGCGACUGUGGCAGCUGUGGCGUAUCGACGGCCGCGCGUGUUGUCGGAGGAGCUGGAAAGCGCGAGGAGGACGCUGGCCAACUCUCAGCUCGAGAUGGCCGCAUGACUGAUGACACACAAUAGGGAGGGGGUGGGCGGGAUGUGGGGGUCUGUUGCCUGGUGAGUUUUGCGUUUCUUUUUCAGUUCACUCGUGCGUGGGGGGUUGUGUCUGUCUGUGCGUGCUGUGUGUGUGGUGUGUGGGUGGGUGUUGUUUCGCCACUGGUGGGGCCCUUUUUUGGCGCAUUAAGUGGCGGGACGCACUCAUCUCACCCCUGUCUCUCCUUGCCUGCCGCUGAGCGGCUUCCUGCUGCUUGUACUUGUUGCGACUCUCUUCUGUAUCUUGUCCCGCUUCACUUGCUUUCAGUGAAACGGGACCUGAUGCAGGGAAGAGACCCAAUCACGAGCAGGCGAAGUCGCUGGCAGCAGCUUCUCACAGAGACCUUGUGCCUGUCUGCCUUGCUGAUGGCGUGCGUGUUUGCCUCGACUGUUUGACUGACUGACUGACUAAAUCUCUUGCUGACUGAAUCUCUUGCUGACUGGAUGUUUCCGAUGUUUCUCUUCUCUGCGGCCGCUACCCACAUGGUAUUGUGGUGGCUCGGAAGGAUGGAUGGUGAGUGUGGGUGGGUGGUGAGAGGGGAGAGAGAGCCGAGGAUUGGUGGACAGACAACGUUUUUGCCGGCGAAUGAGUGAGUCCAUUCGAUCAUUGCAUUGCAACGCAGACACCAAGGGCGAGUAAUCGGGUAACGUAUGGGCAUCGAGUACGUACGUACGUGUACGAGUGUAAUGCUUACUGCUGCUACUGCGCCACGGGAUCGAUUGUUUUGAAGACAGACCAGACGACAUCAGUCGGUGGUGGGCCUUCGUUGCCUCCCUGCUUGUCUCUUCUCUCUCUCUUUGUUGUUGUGUGUGCCUGUGGGUGUGAAUUCGUGAUGAUGAAACCUGAAACCUACUGGUUGAUCAAUCCAGAGUAUCCUUGUGAUGCAGAUCUGAUUGAACUAUUCCGGAGAAGGCCCCAGUCGAGGUCGAGGGCAUCACGAGGGCGCACCCGUCCGAUGUGAUGCCCUCUUGCUCGACUGUGGCCUUCUCAGCAAUGUGGUCGAUCAGAUCUGCAUCGUACAGUUGUCUUGCCUCUUGCCUGCCUGCCUGGUACAGUAUGUGCGUACAUCGACCCUCAUACUCAUGAUAUAUUGGAUGUGUGUGCUUAUGCUGUGUGUACAGUCCGUCUGUCGAUCAGUCAGCCCACUGUCACCAUAUCCAUCCGUCGCAUACACACACGCACACACACCACACACACCAUUCAUUCAUUCAUCCGUCCACAGUGUGCAUCCAUCUCAGAAAUGGGAGGUCAGUUGGGUGUCCGUUUUGCGGUGGUGAUGUGUAUUUCUGCCUCUGUUGCGUCGUCCGCUGGCUGAGCUCAGUCGCUUGGCUCCGUAUGACGGGACCGCGGCAGACCAACACAUCACACACAUGCACACGGCGGUUGUAUGACACUCACAAGAGGCCAGUCGAGUCGUGAUAUCUUUUUGCUUGCUAGGUGCCUUCUUCGCUUAUGGCAUUGAUACACGAGUGAGCCGUGUUGGUUCGGGCCGGGCCCCUCUCAUACAGAGGACCUCCCGCCCGUAUCCGUGUCCAUGCGGGCAGAGCAGCGAUGGAAAGAAACGGACUGAGUGCGGUACAUGGUAUACGACCAUUGCGUAAAGGUGAUGUUUCAACACUCGGUGUGGAUGGAUGCGUGUCGAUGGGAUUGGGCUCACUUCUCGAUGGCGGAUUGGCGUUCUGUCUGCAUUGGAUUGUGUGAACGGCUGGCUGUGUCGCGGCGGUGUGUUGUCUGUCAUAGGGUGCCUUCAUCCGGCUGUCACGGUCGCUGGUUCGGCCGUGGUAGGCAGGUGAGGGCACGCAUGCCGGACAGACAGGCGCGCGAUAGGCUGGCCACAUGCAUGGAUCGACCUUUGUCUGUAUUGGUGUUGCGACAUCGAUGGUACACUUACACACAUAUCGGCGGCGCGAGUGAAGAUGGG